AUGGCUUCUGCCAAAGAAAGCAGCGAGGCGCCUCAGCUUCUCUUCUCACCUCCCUCCGCCGGGCCAGGACGGGACACUGCAGAAGCACCACACGGCGCUGACAAUGCACCUCGAAUGCACCGUCGGCGCUUUCCACGGACUGGUUCUACACGACAUGUUCAAUUACCGGCUCCCACCGAUGGGCCAAGGUCCGCUGCAUCCAGUAUUUAUAUGGGCUCUUACAGCCGAAGUGCUCGCCGAUCAAGAUCAUCCCUCAAAAGCCCUGGAAAUUCGACUCCUGGCUCUCCUCGUCCCAGCAUGAGCCAUAGCCAUCUAGAAAGUCUACUUCAAGAUCUCAACUUAGAUCUCGAAACCUACGGAGUCGAAGAACUUCGAGAUGGCUUCUUCGAUGCUUCCUUCUUCAAACCUCCCAAGGUGAAUUAUGAAACCCUCAUGAAGGAUGCAGAAUAUACAUUGCCGGCUGCUUUCAAGACACGAAAUCCUCUUUCCCCCAAAGCUUUUUUGCCAGGCCAAUGGCAAUCAAUUAAGAACGUUGCGACAGCUGUCGUAACUACCCGAGCCGGGAUCAAGUUGACCAAAUCAUUUCUGGCUUUCUUCAUUGCCUACAUUCUAUGUCUCGUUCCUUCAAUCCGGAUAUGGUUGGGACGAUAUUCGUAUAUUAUGGUCCUGUCUGCCUUAAUCAACCACCCUGGACGGACAAUCGGAGCUCAGAUCGAUGGAACUCUGCUCACAAUCCUUGGGACUGCUAUUGGUCUUGGAUGGGGAGCUUUCGCACUGUGGCUGUCUGAUUCCACGGCCGUGGCAAGGAGAGGAUAUGGGGGUAUUCUAGCAGCAUUUCUCGUUAUUUUUAUGGGUAUAAUUGCGGCCCUUAGAAGCUACUAUAUUAGAGUGUACCAAAUGGUACUUUGUGCUGGUAUCGCUGUCAUUUAUACCUGUCUAGCAGACACCUCAAAAGCCAUUGCUUGGAGGAAAUUGUUUGAUUAUGCUAUUCCUUGGCUGUUUGGACAAGCUCUAUCACUCUUGAUAUGCUGCACUUUAUAUCCAGAUGCUGGAGCGAGGCCUCUCGCGGUAGCUCUCCAUGAUGCCUUUAGGGUCAUGCAAGAAGGGCUAGUGCUCCCUCAACCAGACAACAUUACCCAGCAUCGGCAGAUGGCUUGGACCUUUGUGAACCUCUCACAAGCAUACAGAGAUUUGGUCUUGGAUAUCUCUUUAACUCGCUUCCGCCCGACAGAUGUUAUGGAAUUGCGAAACCUGAUGCAGGCCGUCAUCAGAUCACUGCUAUCUUUGAGUACUGAAACCCAUCUGUUUGAUGAGAUGGAGACAAAAAGGCAAAACGAGCAGGCGCCAAUAGAGAGAUCCCCAAAAUCGCACGGCGAAAUUGUCAUCAACGUCGAUGAUUCCCCUCGGCGCCCAUCAUUAUCAAGAUCAAAUACAGAGGAGCGGGCAGUGAAGUUGGUGGCAAGUAAACUAGCUGAUCCCACCUCGGAUCUUCUCUCGUGGAUGAGAAAGUCACUGGCGAGAUGCGAUGCUGUGUUAAUGAGCAUGUCCGGAUACCGACAGUAUUUAGGGCCGCCUGAAUCGAUCAAAUCCGAUAUACUCGGAGCAUUAACCAAAAUUCGGAAAGUCAUGAUCAAAUAUGACGAAGCGGAAGACUCUUUAAUGCAUAAUCCGGCACUUCCACCAACUUACUCAAACCAUCCACAAGUUGUGGAACUUUUCCUUUUCAUACACCCAAUCAGACUAGCAGCGAAUAGCGUAGAAGCACUGCUCGUCAAGGUUAUGCAAAUGCAACAACGACACGGAGGAUGGCGGAUAUAUCUUCCUUCGUAUCCAUUCGGGAAAGCGCUACAACGAACUAACGCUCAGGUGAGGCACGAUCGAGGUGGUGUCACAGCAGGUCAUUAUUUUCGAAGCCAGUCACAAUUAGCAAGGACCAUGAAGGGUAUGGCCAAUGUCUACAAACCUCUACCACGCCAUCACGAGAAAGAAAAAGACCCGGACCCAGGAAUUACGCGCGCUGAGACAUUGGGAAAGUAUGUGGAAGAGGAGGAUGUUGCUAUGGACCGAAGCUCGCCGAAGAAACAGCGAUUUCGAUACAAGCUCUGGUCCGUCUUACAUCGUCUCCAAGGGUUUGAGACUAGACACGCCCUUAAGAUUAUAAUAGUUACGUCUUUGCUAUCAGUACCAGCGUGGCUGGACCAAAGUAGAGGCUGGUGGAAUCAAAACGAGAGCUGGUGGGGAGUUAUUCUAGUUUGGGUGAUGGCUCAUCCAAGAAUCGGUGGGAACUUCCAGGACCUAGUCACUCGUGCUUUAUGUGGGGUUCUUGGGGCUGUAUGGGGAGGCCUAGCAUAUGGAGCUCGCGAUGGCAACCCCUAUGUGAUGGCAGCAUUUGCAGCUAUCUACAUGAUACCCAUGAUAUAUAGAUUCACACAAAGCCAACAUCCUCGUUCCGGCAUUGUGGGCUGCAUAUCAUUUAUAGUCGUUUCUCUAGGAGCGAAGGCUGUAGAUGGGCUUCCUUCCGUGGCACACAUUGCUUGGACCCGAGGAGCUGCAUUCGUUGUCGGUGUCGUAGCAGCUGUUAUCGUCAAUUGGAUUUUAUGGCCUUUCGUUGCAAGACAUGAGCUCCGAAAAGCUCUCUCGGGCAUGAUGAUUUACUCGAGUAUAAUAUACCGAGGUGUCGUUGCGAAAUACGUUUACUAUGAGCAAGGAGAUGAACCGGGGAAAGAGGAUAUCGAGAGAUCAGAAAUGCUAGAAGGACGCCUCCGCGAAGGCUUCGUCCGAAUCCGCCAACUAAUGGCCCUAACACGUCACGAAAUCCGUCUCCGCGCACCCUUCAACCCGCUCCCCUACUCCGCGCUCAUCGACUCCACCGAGCGCUUCUUCGAAUACCUCGUCUCCGUCCGCCAAUCAUCCCUCUUCUUCCACCCUCACUACAUAUCCGACAACAACGAGCAAGCGGCCGAGAGUCUACUCGCGUAUAGACGGGAUGCCGUAGCUGCUAUACUAAUGAAUCUAUAUGUGCUCGCUGGGGCAUUGAGGGGUGAUAGAAAACGAUACCUGCCCUCCGCAGCCCUAGCACGCAAACGCCUACUCGAUAAAAUGGCCGAGAUCGAAGCCGAGCAAGCACAGACCCGCGAGAUCGAGCGUGUUCAGAGCGGGGGAAGUGAGGGUGAGGGACGCAAAUGGAGUCAGAUUUAUAGUUAUAGCUAUAGUCAGAGUUUGACAGGGUGUGUGAGGCAGCUGGAGGCGCUGAUUCGGUAUACGAAGGAGAUUGUUGGAGAGCAGGGGUUUGAUAUUGGUGGGAUGGAUGGGAUGGAUGAGAUAGAGUAUGAAGAUAUCACUAGCGAACGGCGGAGAUGA